AUGCUAGUUUUACAAGGGACAGCAGACUUAUUUAGAUGUGUUCCAUAUAUAUAUAUAUAUAGAGAUAUAUUAUAUAUAUAUAUACCCCUACUUGCAACGGCCUUUGCUCAGGUCCAGUGGCAGGAGGGGAAUACACCAGACAGGUGUCCCAAGCUCGAGGAGCUAUGUGCUUCCCCGGCAGCAGCAAAGACGGCCUCCACAAAGAAGAAGAAGAAACAAAAGAUUGAGGAAACACAGGAGUCCCCGGUAGCAGCAAAGACGGCCUCAACUUCGAAGAAGAAGCAAAAGACUGAGGAAACAGAGGAGUCCCCGGUAGCAGCAAAAACGGCCUCAACAACGAAGAAGAAGAAGCAAAAGACUGAGGAAACAGAGGAGGUGCCACCGAAGCCGCUGGAAUUCCCAGAUAGCCAGCCGAUUUUCGAGCCGUGGCCAAUCGAUGUAUCGGAUGAGAGUCCUCUCGAUACCAAAGCCAAGGAUGUUGCCACUAGCACCCCGACGAAAGCAGAAGAUGCCGAGCUCGCAGACGAGGCUGAAGCCGACAAACUAAUUGAGGAGCUCGAGAAGAAGACAGGCCCCUUGAGUGACAAAGUCCUGAAGGAGCAAAGAAGUCUUCGCAAAACGAUACGUGAAGGGCCAGCAGAAGAAGCUGCUGAGGAAGGGGGCCCAGAAUCCCAAGCCGAGCCAAAGGCCAAAGCACAAGCAAAGGCCAAAGGAAAAGCAAAGGCCAAAGGAAAAAGCAAAGCAAAAGCGAAAGCAAAAGCCAAAGGGACACCAGAGACCAAAGCUGUGUUGCAACAUGACAGGGAAAAAGAAGAGGUCUUGAGUGAGGCUUUGGAGCUAGAGCAGGAAGACGAGGCCAUAAAGAAUGAAGUUCGCUUCGAAGCGGAUGAAGAUGAAAAGUGUUCCAAGGCUAAGAAAAGCAAAGGAAAGAAAAAAAAAGCUAAGAAAAGCAAAGCAGAAGCCGAAGGAAAGGAGGAUGCAGCAGGGUUUCAGGAAGAAGCCGGAGGAAAGGAGGAUGCAGCAGGGUUUGAGGAAAAAGCCGGAGGAAAGGAUGAUGCAGCAGGGUUUGAUGAAGAAGCCCUAGGAAAGCCGAAGAAAGGUGUCAAGCGACGCCUCGACUUCGAGGACGAAGCCAGUGAUGAAGUGGAGGAUGUGCCGGCUGCCACGUGGGAUGCCAUGGAUGCAGAUGCCGAGGCACCUGGUGGCAUAGUCGUCGUGAAGAAGAAGAAGAAAAGAAAGAUGAAAAAGAAGGGUGGCAGGAAGCUUAAGAGGGUUCUGGAAGGAACCCCAGCGAAAAAGAAUGAGGCAGAUGAGGCCGGGGACGAGGAGACAGCUCAAGCCAUUGUUCUACAGGAGCCGAUGCCGGCUGGAUCACCUAUGGGGCUGGUGCCUUACAAGUCCAGUGGAUGGACCCCUCGGAUCGCAAAGGCUAAGAAGAAGUCCAAGCCAAAGUAUGAUGCCGACCACCCCAUGCCCAAGUCAAGACAGCAAAUUGAGGCCAAGAAAGAUGUGAUUAUCAAAGAUCUCCGACAAUUGCGGUUGUUGGACAAUAGUAUGCUGCUGCCGACAAGCUUUGGCGACAUUCUGUCCUUCACUCUGAAUCCCUCCCCGAAGGUUCUGGAGGAGAAUAUUGAUGGUGGUGCCCGCUCCAUCGGGGUGCUGUUGUUGGGUGGUUUCUAUGUGGGCAAUGUUCCACCUGAACGUCUGCUCGCCAUCAACCAGCAAACCACGAAUGCCAACCUGAAGGCCAACAAAAACGGCGGUGUCAACUUCUCAUGGAAGAAGGGUGAUCUUGGAGAUCUGCAGAGGGUGUACAGACUUGCAAAGAAAGCAGCGGGCUGGCUGAAGCCAUACUGGCCUCUUCCGCAGCCCAGGAACUAG